AACCUAAAACCAAGCGAGUUUCGCUAUAUAAAUAGGCCCACUCACACAAGCGUUUCUCCCGAGAAUCACUACCACCACCACAACAACCAACCACUCUUCCUACUUGUUCUUCUUCACUCUGCAGAUCUCGAUCGCAUCUCCGCCGAUGGCAACCAUCACCACCAUCAAGGCUCGCCAGAUCUUCGACAGCCGUGGCAACCCCACCGUCGAGGUCGAUAUUACAUGCUCAGAUGGUACUUUCGCUAGAGCUGCAGUACCAAGCGGUGCAUCUACUGGGAUUUAUGAGGCUCUUGAGUUGAGAGAUGGAGGAUCAGAUUACCUUGGAAAGGGUGUAUCAAAGGCUGUUAACAAUGUGAACACCAUCAUUGCCCCUGCUUUGAUUGGCCAGGAUCCAACUCAGCAAACAGCAAUUGACAACUUAAUGGUUCAACAGCUUGAUGGAACUGUUAACGAAUGGGGUUGGUGCAAACAAAAGCUUGGAGCAAAUGCCAUAUUGGCAGUGUCUCUUGCAGUCUGCAAAGCUGGUGCUCUUGUCCUGAAAGUUCCUCUUUACAAGCAUAUUGCUAAUAUUGCGGGUAACAAAAACUUGGUUUUGCCUGUUCCCGCUUUCAAUGUCAUUAAUGGUGGAUCACAUGCAGGAAACAAACUUGCUAUGCAGGAGUUUAUGGUUCUUCCUGUGGGAGCUUCCUCUUUCAAGGAAGCCAUGAAGAUGGGCGUGGAAGUAUACCACCAUCUAAAGGCUGUGAUUAAGAAGAAGUAUGGUCAAGAUGCAGUGAAUGUUGGUGAUGAAGGUGGAUUUGCCCCUAACAUUCAGGAAAACAAGGAAGGUUUGGAAUUGCUGAAAACUGCCAUUGCCAAAGCUGGUUACACCGGCAAAGUUGUCAUUGGAAUGGAUGUUGCAGCUUCUGAAUUCUACAAAGAAGACAAAACAUACGAUUUGAACUUCAAGGAAGAUAACAACGACGGCUCACAGAAGAUCUCUGGGGAUGCUUUGAAAGAUCUCUACAAGUCAUUUGUGACAGAGUACCCAAUUGUUUCAAUUGAAGAUCCUUUUGACCAGGAUGACUGGGAGCACUAUUCUAAGCUUACUGGCGAGGUUGGAACCAAUGUUCAAAUUGUUGGUGAUGAUCUCUUGGUCACCAACCCCAAGAGGGUACAAAAGGCAAUUGAUUCAAAAUCAUGCAAUGCUCUUCUGCUCAAGGUCAACCAAAUUGGAUCCGUGACUGAGAGUAUUGAAGCUGUUAGGAUGUCCAAAAAGGCUGGAUGGGGAGUUAUGACCAGUCACAGAAGUGGAGAGACUGAGGAUACCUUCAUCGCUGAUCUUGCCGUUGGUUUGUCAACGGGUCAAAUUAAGACUGGAGCUCCAUGCAGGUCUGAGCGUCUCGCUAAAUAUAACCAGCUCUUGAGAAUUGAGGAGGAGCUUGGUGCUGAAGCAGUGUAUGCUGGAUUGAACUUCCGUACCCCUGUUGAGCCCUACUAAAGUUUUGAAGUGAGACGAGUUUGAUCGAUGAGAUUUGGCUGCAGAGUUUCUGUUUUGAUGAAUAAACUUGAUAGUUAGUAUGUUACUCUUGUUAAAGAGUCUUCUUUCCAAUAAUUUGAGUUAUGAUUCGGGGCACUAGGGUGAAGAAUGCUGUGCCCUAGGUUUUAAAAGGUGUUAGACGAUAUUUAGAGUUAAUGCUUGCAGCCUAAUUUUGACUUUCGUUCCAAUUUUAUCUGAUAAUCCUUAUAUGGUGCUUCUUA